AUGGUCGACAGCCACCACACUCUGCGCGCGGUCUUCCUGGCCGAGCCCGAGGAUGACGCCCACGCCGAGCCGAAAAGCGUUCCCGACUGGGAGAGCGUUGGUGCUAUGUGGGCAGAGGUCGCGGACAUCCAAAAGUUGAAGGAGUCCGACUUCCGGAACCCGGAUCCUCAGGAGCUGUAUCCCAAAGUGGCAUCGGGCAGCCUGAAACCGCAGCCGGUUGACACCAAGGAGUUCGUCGCCCUGGAGGCGCUAAUCCGACGGCUGACAGCUGGCGACCGGAAGGCUCAGCGAGAGCUAGACGGCGUUUGGAGGAGUGUGCAAGCUGCCUAUCCCGCGGCUGUCUUCACGCGAGCUUGA